CAAUCGUCUAUAAUAUAGUGAAACCAGCUUUGUAACUGCUGAGAAGAAAUGGAUAUCGAAGCUGGAACUUCGACAAAUACUUCACAUAGCUUUUCAACUGACCGUCAUGCAAAGAAAAUUUUAGCAGCUUUAAAUGAAAAUAGAAAGUUACUACGAUUCUGUGAUGGCACUGUUGUUUUGAAUGGUUCAGAAAUACCUGUUCAAAAGAAUGUUCUUGCUGCAGCAAGUCACUAUUUUCGAUUGGUCUUUAAUUAUGAUGACUCUACACAUACUCACACUACAGACCCCUCUGUUGUGGAUUUAACAUCUCUAGGUAUCAGUGAGGAAACAUUUGGCACAAUUCUAGACUAUAUUUACACUUCAAACAUCAGUUUGUGUGAUGAAAACAUACAAGAUAUAUUACAAGCAUCAGAUCUACUUCUACUGAUAGAUCUAAAGGCACUCUGUUGUGAAUAUAUAGAACAAUGUAUCAGUCCACAGAAUUGUAUUGGCAUUAGAGAAUUUUCAGCUCUGUAUGCCUGUCCAUGGGUACACCACAAAGCUUCCAGUUACUUGGAUGAACACUACAGAGAUAUCAGUCACUGUGAAGAAUUCUUAAGACUACAUGCCAAAGAUUUGAGGGAGAUAUUAAAAAGGGACACCUUGAUUGUAAGAUCUGAAGAGGAUAUCUUCAACAGCAUUCUUAGAUGGAAUAAAUUUGAUGAGAAAAGCAGGAAAGAAGAUUCAAAGGUGAUUAUCAGGGAUUGUAUAAGAGUGAAGCAGUUACCAGACAAUUACCUCCAAAGAAUUUGUACAUCUGAUCCAGAGUUUUAUGCUUGUCUUAGUACACAUAAUCAGAGUCAAGAAAAGAAAGAGGAGGAUGACCGUUGUCGUGGAUUUACUGAUGUCAUUUUGGCUGCUGGAGGGGAAGGUCCUAUUUCUAUAAAACAAGAAGAUGUAGAAAUUAAAUCAUGUGUUAGAUGUCUUUUACCAAACUUUUUGGACCAAAAAGGAGAAGGUGUUUGGAUAGAUCUUCCGUGUUUGAAUGGGAGAAGGACAGGCCAUGGCGUUGUAGAUGUUGGAGGAUGUCUCUAUGCUUGUGGGGGACGAGAUCAGAACUGUGUCAUUCUUAACACUUGUGAAAAGUAUGAUCCCUUGGCUAAUAAAUGGUGUGAGAUUCCUAGAAUGAAUCAUGGUCGUGUUGGCUUUGGACUGUUGGCUAUCGAUCACAACAUUUAUGCCAUAGGAGGAAGCAAUGACAUGACUGAACCAUUAACAUCUAUGGAAGUCUAUAACAUAUAUACCAACAAAUGGUCAGCACUCCCGGACAUGAAUCUAAAAAGGGUGUGGUCAUCAUAUUGUAAUGUUGACAAGAAGAUCUAUGUUAUGGCAGGUGGAGCUGUCGGAAAGUUAUUUGAAGCUGUAGAAUGCUUUGACACUCGCACAGAAACUUGGACCUCAGUUUCUCCAAUGAGGGAAAAGAGAUGUGAUGCUCGAGCUGUUGCUGUGAAUAAAGAUAUUUAUGUUUUAGGUGGUUUUAGAAGAAUUGAAUGUCCAAGUGCAAUGCAUGGGGGACACAAUAUAAAAUUCUGUGGAACAGAAUUAUACUCUACUAGAAAUGACUAUUGGGCACAGUUACCUACUCGUGGAACAGGGCUUUGUACAAUGUCAGACUCAUCACAGGUAUAUGGGGCUCUUUAUGAUGGAGAGGAAAUACUGGUUGUUGGGGAUUUGGACAUGGAAGGUACUUUCCAUUGUGUAAGAGCUUACAAUAUACAUACUGGUAUAUGGCACUGUAUAUCACCGAAUCCACCACUUAAUCAGCGUAGUUACCCUGUAUGUUUAUUUAGACUUCCGACUUAUUUGUUACAACUAUUUCAACGGGAACAAGGGAAACUAACAUUUCAAUCUAGAAACAAGUAGUAUACUGUUUUUCGACUUUAUAUUUAAGCUUUAUAUAGAAAUGUAGUGAAAAAAGUGUGCAUGAUGUGUCAUUGAUGUUUGUAAAUAGAAAUACAUUUAUAUCUACGCUGUACAUGUGUAAUCCUUAUUUCUAUUUGUUGUUAUGAAAAUUUCUCCUUUAUGAGAGCAGAUAUUGUAAUUUUGUAGAAAACUAAUUAGCAAAAGGCAUUUUACAUUAUUAGAUUGAAAGAUAAAAAAUUAUAUGUCAAAAAUUCAUUUAAUUUUAAAGAAAGAAAUCAUGUGAUUUUUGCUUCUUGAACAAAGAUCAAUAGACAUUUAACCUUGAGAACAAAGACGUGCCAAAAUAUAAUAAAAUGUGAUCUAAAUCUAUCAGAGUAAUGGAAUAGGUUCUGUAGGAUAAUUUUCUUGGAAAAUCUAUUGUUUAUCAAAUGAUUUCCCUUUCCACACAUGUCUAAACCUUGAAUAAAAGUUUUAUUUAUUCAGACAUUUUUUAUUUAGGGUAUGUUAUAGCUGAAAUAUGAUCACAAGUGUUCUGCAACUGUGGUAAAAAUACCAAAAUGAAAUAAUUACAAAUGUACCUAUCCUGCCUCAUUUUAAAUCAUUUAGUUCAGAACUAUAUGAAAAAUUAAGUUACUGAUUUCUUUUUAACUAAAAAGUCUUGUAGAACAUAUAAGGUUCAAAAUACAGAAUAAGGCAUUAAAAAGAACUUUGGUCCAAAAUAUUUAAGAGAAUGUAUCUGACUACCAAAUUUGUUAUAUGGUAAACAAGUUUGUCUAAUAUAUUGAAAGUUUAACAUUUGUUUUGUUUAAUAUCUAUUUAUAUAAAAAUUGAGGCAAUGGUUUUUUCACUAACUACAGAACAGCUCUCAAUUCCUGUUUUUCAAUUGUCUCCAAUUGCCAUACCAGAUUAAAACAAAUGAACAAUAAAAAAAUUAACACUAGUUCAUCAAGUUCCUAAAAGUAUUACCAUCAUCCAGAACGAUAUCAGUUAUUAUCUAUCUAUAUAACACAGUUGUUAUCAAAAUUUACUCCUGUAUUUAGAACUUUGAAUUGUUGUAAUGUCAAAUUGUUAGUUCCAGUUUCUUAUGUUGAGAAACAAUAAUAUUGCUUUAUUACAUUUGUAGUUAUGGACUCUUUUGUAUUGAUUAAAAUAUAUGACUUCAUUGUGAUCAUUUUAUUUUUAUAUAACAAUUACGUACAAUGGCGCAUGUUAAAAUAUGAAAUAUAGAUGUUAAAAAUCAGGGGUUUUUUCGGAUGAUUGUUACAUUCAGAUUUAAAAUCUGAUAUAUGAUGCAUGUCUAUAUUUACUUAUACUUAUUAGUAGCUAAUAAUUUAUUGUUCAUUUGUUAUUAACAAAAAAUAUACCAUAAUGGUGCUUACUUUUAUUUAUGAAUUUAUAAUCAGUUAAGCUAAUGUGUAUUAUAAAAUUACUAGUUCUUAUACACUACUAAUAUAUAAAUCAUUGACAUUUAGAGGGAAUGAUUGAUCUACUAGAAUUAUAGAAAGUCAGUGUUAUGUAUAUUGGCAAGAAUUUUUGCCAAUACAGUUUUUAAAUUUUAAGUGUUUUCCCUGAUAAAAUAUGCACUGUUAAUUUUGCAUAAUAUAUUGAAGGUGUAUUAUUAAACUUAAACUUAAGAAAUAUAAUGCCAAAUUUUUCACUGUAUGUCAUUCUAGCUUUAAAUUUGAAACUGAAAUAAGAGGUUAUUUUUAUACAUUAAUACUUAUUACAGUAAGUGUCUGGCAUAAAUCUUGUUGUUUUUGAAUAUUUUUCAGAAAACUAAAAUCGAUGAAUUUAAGAACCCACAAACAUGUUACUUUUGCUCAAACCACGCAAAUUGAUACCAACGAAUAAAAGUACUUUCACAGUAUCUUUAUGAUCUUAAAUAUGCAAAUUUAGAUAAACUAGACCCUUUUCCUGUAUGCAGUUUGUUUCAACAGUGUUGACAGCUUCAAGAGUAUUAUAAUUUACAAGUUUUUAGCUUCCUUUUUAUGCCCCGAUGUAGCGGAGGGGGCAUUAAGUUUUACCCUUGUCUGUCUGUACGUAAGUCCUUACGUCUGUCUGUACAUCUGUACGUCCAUCUGUACAUCCGUACAUCGGUACGUCCUGAAAUUAUUUUCCGUUCUCUAACUUUAGUUUGCUUCAACCAAAUGUUAUGAAACUUAUACACAAUGCUUAUUACCACAAAACACAGAUCAAAUUUGAAUUUGGGUGGCGUCACUUUUACCUUUCUAGAGUUAUUCCCCUUUACAAAUGGAAAAAAUGCUGAAUUUUUUGUUUCCAUUCUCAGACUUAAGUUUCCCUCAACCAAAUGUUUUGAAACUUAUACACAAUGCUUAUUACCACAAAACUCAGAUCUAGUACGAAUGUGGGUAGUGUCAAUAUUACAGUUCUUGAGUUAUGUCCCUUUCUAACAUUAUAUGCAAGCUGGGGCAUCAUCUGUGUCACAUGGACACAUUCCUCGUUUAUUUUUCAUCUUAAGGUCUGUUUUCUUCUGAAAAACACUGGCCAUUUAUCCUUCAAUAAAAAACAAAUGGUUAUAAAAAGAUACAGAUGCACACCUAAACAUUUUUUGGUGUUUCAUGCAUGUUGCAAUAACUAUUGAAAUUAAUGCAGAACAUUAGUCAAAUUAUGAUUUACUUCACAACAUUGCACAAUUAUGAUGUCAUUAUAGAAUCAUAAAUGUUCUAAUGUGUCAUUUGAUUUUGUAUUUGUCAGAUAUUUUAAAAUAUUUUGUGUUCAAAUAUUUAAUAUUAUUACUGCCAUUAAAUAUAAUGGAAUUAUUUUAGGGCCACUAUUAACAGUGUCAAUUACAUGUUUAUUCCAAUUUUUGGAAGAUAUGGAUAUUUUGAGUGAAAAGUAAAUCAGCUUUCUUGUUGUUGUUGUUUUAUAUUUGCUGUAUUAUUAUUUACAUCUAUGCUGGCAUAUAUAUCUAUUUUGUCAUAUACAUUUUUUCUGCCAUAUACAUACAUCUAUUCUGGCAUAUACAUCUUUUCUGCCGUAUACAUCUAUUCUGGCAUAUACAUCUAUUCGGGCAUAUACAUCUAUUCUGGCAUAUACAUCUAUGCUGGCAUAUACAUCUAUGCUGGCAUAUACAUCGGUUCUGCCAUAUACAUCUAUUCUGGCAUAUACAUCUAUGCUGGCAUAUACAUCUGUUCUGCCAUAUACAUCUAUUCUGGCAUAUACAUCUAUGCUGGCAUAUACAUCAAUGUUAGAAGUGUUUGUUAUCUAUGUUUGUUUUGAAUUUUGAAUGUGAUCACAUGUAAAUAGCCUAUUUGCCAAUGGUUAUUGACCCUGUUAUUUGAGAUCUAUUUGUAAAAGUUGUUUCCCUUAAGAAAGAGGGACAUAACUUUCAACAUAUAUGAAGAGGUAGUGAAAAGAGGAAAUUUAUCAGUGCAUAUUGUGUGUAAUCCAAGAUAUUUAAAUCUUUUAAUAACAUUUAAUCUUUUGCCGAGGUAAAAUCUUCUGAUAUAAAUAGUUAUUUUCAUUCAAAAUUGGUUAAAUUGCCUGUACAUCACUUUUAACCUGUAAUGCUUCGUAUGGUCAGCAUCCCGUUUAGUCUGUUUUACAACCAGUCUACAACUUACAAAGGGAAACAACUUGUUUUAGAAGUGUGCUAUAACAGAAUUAAAUUAGUAAUCGACAAAUAGGCUAUUUUAAAAAGACUUGUUAUUGACAAUAUUGUUCAAGAGGAUAUUAUUAAAAAGUUUAGCCUAGUUCAUAUAUUCGUGUAUGUUGUAGUAAUUAGUAAUUUAGACAUGAUAAUUUAUAAUAUUUGUGGAACAAGAAAUAUUUAUGUGUGUUCACUUUGAAAGUGAUGACAGUUUGUUUAAUGUUUGCCCUGUGAAGGUAUUUGGACCAUAUGAUUUUUAAAAAGACCUGGAUGUUUUAUGCAAUUUUUUAGCAAAUAUUAUGAUUCCAGCAAACAUUGGACAACUUCAGAAACCCAUAUGAUCUGGUAAUAAUCUUUGAAGAUUUAAGCAGGUUUUUGUCUCGCCUAACAUAGAAUUGUAGAAGCAAGAAUAAGGUGUAGUGUUUUUAAAAGUCUCACCUGUGACAAAGUCUUUAAAGGGUGACUUAGGCAUGCUGUUUUAGCGGCAUCAUCAACAAUUUGUUAUAGUUUGUGAUGAGGUUAAUUAAAGGGGAACCGCUAUUGAGCCACUAAUGAUAAGUCAAUGAUAUUUAGUAUGAAGUUGCAUUAGCAUUAGCACAUCUCAUUUCCAUGGAUAUUAUCUUGUCUUGCAGCCUCAGACAUUUUUCAAUGACUUUGAAAGCUUUGCAUAGUUUACAUAUUAAAGAGUUGCCAUUUUAAUUUCAACUUUUGCAUUUAACUAUCAAAAUUACCUCAGGUGAGACAAGUCUCUGUCAAUAAUUUAUUUAUAAAGUUUUCUUACUCAUGAACAAUACAUUUGUCAAAAAAAAUUAUUAACUUAUGAUUUUCUUCUUAUAAAUUGUUGAUAUUUGACCACCAUUUUGUUUCUGGUUUGGAUAUCCAAAUAUGUUGAAGAAAUAGAACUAGAAGCAUCUGUUUUAGUGUUAAGUAUGAUUUAGUAUAUAUCACAUAAUAUUGACUGUAAACACCUUAGAUCUGUUAACAGAACAAUUAAUACAUAGUUAUUUCUAUUAAGUUUGAUCAUAUUCUAGUCAUUUUCAUCUUUCAUCAAACUGCUGAAAAUUACUUGAAACAAAUAGUAUACUGUUUUGAUUUUCAUUGUUUUUGUAUCAUUAAAGUACCUGUUGGUAAUAAUUGACGUA